AUGUUCUUACAUAGCUUCCUUAAGAAAUCCACUAAGCUUGUCCCAAAGGUUAGUAAACUCACAACCAUUCCACAAAAUAACAUUAUCUUGCAUGAGUAUUAAGUUCAUAACCUAUUUAAAGAAUAUAAACUUCCUCUUCUUUAAGCAUAUAGAGCUACUCACCCUGAAGAUGCAAUAAAGUUAGCCGAAUAAUUAGAAAGAUAAAAACCUAGAAAUAACGCUUCUCAAUUCACUGACUUCGUCGUUAAAGCUUAAGUGCAUGCUGGUGGUAGAGGUAAGGGUUAUUUCAAGGAGUCUUCUUUGUAAGGAGGAGUAUAAUUUGCUCACUCUCCAGAAGAAGUAGGAAAAAUUGCUGAAAAAAUGAUUGGAAAGACUUUGAUCACAAAAUAAACUGGUUCAAGAGGACGUAACGUCUCUUCAGUUAUGAUUACAGAGCGUAUCUUCUUAAGAAAAGAAAUGUAUUUCUCAAUUACUUUAGAUAGAACUAGAGGUGGAUUAUGUAUCAUAUGUAACGAGAAAGGUGGUGUCAAUAUCGAAGAGGGUGAUCCAAAGCAUAUAAAGACUUUCUUUUUAGAACCUGGUAUUGAAAUACCUAACGAAACAUUAAAUGAAAUUAUUGCAGCUUACAAUUUAGGCUCAGCCUUUGAUUAGUAGCUUAAAAAUAUUGUAACUAGUUUAUACAAAUGCUUUAUUGACAAUGAUGCAACCUUGUUAGAAAUAAAUCCUUUGGGUUUAACUAUUGAUAAUUAAAUCAAGUUAUGUGAUCAAAAAAUGAACAUUGACGAUAAUUCAUCAUACAGAUAGCCAAGGUUAUCUCAAAUGGAAGAUAUUACACAAAAAGAUUGGAAGGAAAUCGAAGCACAAAGAUAUGGAUUGAACUAUAUUGCUUUAGAUGGUAACAUUGGUUGCAUGGUAAAUGGUGCUGGUUUAGCUAUGGCUACUAUGGACAUUAUCAAGCAAAAGAAUGGCAUGCCUGCUAAUUUCCUAGAUUGUGGUGGCAAAGCAGAUGAUACUUAGGUAGUAGAAGCUUUGAAAAUCAUGGAUAAUGAUCCUAAUGUAGAAGCUAUUUUAGUUAAUAUUUUCGCAGGUAUCACAAAAUGUGAUAUAAUUUGUCUUGGUUUAAUCAAAGGUAUGUCCCUUUUGGGUAUGAAAAAGCCAAUAAUUCUUAGAUUAAAAGGAAACAAUGUAGAAGCUGCAAAAGAAAUUAUAUAAAACUCAGGUUUUAAUCUAAUCUUCACUGAAGAUUUAGACGAAGCUGCUGAAAAAGCAGUCAAGACUGCCAUGAUUAUCAGAAUGGCAAAGGAAGCAAAAAUUAAUUUAGAACUAACUUCAUGA